ACUGUCACGUGAUUAAUAAGUCAGAUCGCAAGAAUGCCGACGAAGUCCCGAAACUGACACAGUUUAGGACAGUUUUUCACAGGAAAUCUCGAGGUUAUAGAAAGACAAUUUGGAAAUUCAUGGUUAAGAACAAUUGAACUCUUCAGUUUCAUGUGCUACCAUUGCAAACCCUUGGAAAGAUCAUCACAUGAACUGGAAAUCUAUCCACUCUAAGAUGAGCCCAAGGUGAAAAGCUGUUCCAGGGCACCCACAGUUUAAGAAAGAAGCUUUCAUUCUUGAAGCUCACCUCACCCUAAAAACAUCCUUCAACUUUCUCCAACCAGUCAAGAACUUAGCGGCUCUUUUGAACACAGUUGUGUGACUAACAGGAGGCUUCGCUGAGACAUCCUGACUUGAUUCAUUAAUCAAGUCAUCCAAUCAGGUUCUUUGACAUUCUAAACCUGAUCAAAUCCACCAAUCAGAAACCUGCCUGUGUUUGAAGUGACCAAUCAGGGACUUUCCUGUGUUUGAAUUAGCCAAUCAGCAUGAAGGAAGAGGACAUUGAGGUAGCCAUCAAGGUAGUGAUUGUGGGGAAUGGAGCGGUGGGCAAAUCCAGUAUGAUCCAGAGAUAUUGCAAAGGCAUCUUCACAAAAGACUAUAAGAAAACCAUAGGAGUGGAUUUCCUAGAAAGACAAAUAGAAUUCAAUGAUGAAGAUGUACGGUUGAUGUUAUGGGACACAGCAGGUCAGGAGGAGUUUGAUGCUAUCACUAAAUCAUAUUACAGAGGUGCCCAGGCAGGUGUAUUAGUCUUCUCCACAGUAGACAGAGACUCAUUUGAAGCUAUUGAUAAAUGGAGAGUAAAGGUCGAAGAUGAAGUCGGAAACAUUCCUCUUGUCCUUGUACAAAACAAGAUAGACUUGGUAGAGCAAGCAGUACUAGAACCAGAAGAAGCGGAAGCCUUAGCGAAGAGGAUGAAGCUCAGAUUCUACCGGACGUCGGUCAAAGAGAACCUGAACGUAGAGGAUGUGUUUCGCUACUUGACAGAGAGGUACAUUGAGAGGAUACAUUCAACAGAACCUGAAGAUAACUCAACGAUAAGUGCCAAGAUUGGAAUAUUCAACACAUCUACCACCCCUUCAAUGCAGAGUGAGAAAAACGGCAACGAUAGCAAUCCGACGAUACAGCUGAAACCAAUGAAGCAACGAACAAAGGGCAAGAAGAGUGCCUUGAAAUGUUCUUUACUCUGAGGAAGACUCCCCUCCUAGAAACAUGUAGAUAAGAUUUAUUAGAUUGGUACCGGUAUGUGUGUGUAUGAUAUCAAGGUCUGGUAGCAUGUGUAUCAGGUGACCUACACUACAUGUGUCAGGUGACUAAGAUAUGAAUCAGGUGACCAGCAUGUACAUAUAUCAGGUGAUUACCUUGUACAUGUUUCACAUGGCCUACAUAUACUGUAUCUGUAUAAGGUGACAUGAAUGGGUUGUGAUUACAAUUUAUUUUAUUAGGUAGAAUACGAUGUGUAUUGGAAUGAGAGGAUUCGUCAGUUGUUUUUACUGACGUAGAUAUGCAUUAUAGAUUGUGGCGAGAGAAGAUUAAAAAAGAUUUGGAGUAGUAGUGACCCAAUAUAACUCCAAUAUAAUACAAUUAUCCUGAAUAUGAUGAUUUCUUCAUUUCUCUUAUGUGAUGGAAAGCAUGGCAUGGAAUUGAUUAUUUGUUCACAAGAUUAGUUAAUUGUUAUGCUCUCAGCAAUCUUGUGCAUCUUUCACCUCAGAUAAACAUGAAAUUUAUCACAAAGGCAUAUAUCUCUCUUUCAAUAUAUGAAUUUUUAAAUGUAGUAUGCUCAGGUGUGUCUCCUCUAAUUGUUAUAUGCCAAUUUCUUCAGUUCACGUAUAUUUUCUAAGUACCGGUAGAUUUCAUCUCACAUAUUAAUAUCUACAAGCCAGGAACAGGCCUUUCUCCCCAUGUGAAGUAGAGUGCCACUAGAAACUAUAAACCGCUUUGGAGAAACAUGUACACUACACUGUCUGCAUAAAACUGUAAAACCCAUUGAGAGAAAUGCUGGAUUAGUGUUCAUAAAGUUAUGUUAUCAUUAUUCAUCUAUGCACCAGCGAUACAUUCUAUGAUGCACAGGUGGAUGUAUUCUUUUCAAGUGGGCAAACAAAAAGGUUUUCAUGAACUUGCACCUCCUUCACUUUAGCUGUGAUUAGUUUUAAAUGAGCAAAAGGUGGGACUUCUCUAGGAUUGAAAGAUCUAUGGAUUUUUGGGGUCAUUUUUACAAGUACUAUCCCUGAACUGGUAUAUUACUAAGAUCAUUACAUGUAGAUCUCUUUGGGCACCUGCAUUUAGCAAGGAAUUUUUUUUUGGUUCCUCUUUUGUCUCUGCAACACAGAACGUGUUUGUUAUAUUGUAACAAAGUUAUGAUUUUCAUAUACAACUUGCUAUUUUGUACUGCUACAUGUAUGUAUGUGUACCUGUAUUUGUACUAACCCUUGUGUUAUCAGUUUCUUUUUUAUAUUUAGACAAAGAUAUUUAUCAUAGUAUUCAAUUAUUAUAUUCCGUAUUUGUUUACAUUUGUAUGAUCUGUAAGAUUUGCUUGAUUUUGCUUUGACUAAAUUGGAAU